CUCACUUGAACUCAUCAAGACAUGCAGCACUGUGCAGUUCAAGUCACACUGAACCUACUUCUACUAAUAUUUGCCGAGCAGGAUGUCUCUGCUGCCAGCUCUGCAUCCCAUGUUCUUGUGCAACCUGACGACAAUGUCACCUUGUCCUGCAAUACUUCACCAGGUGUUUCAGAAGUCGAUACGGUCACAUGGAUUCACCAGCGUGAGGAUGAGCUAAAACGGGUGAUUAACUUGGAGUAUUCAAAAGUUUUGAAAACGUACUACAUAAUAACAGGUCAAGACUCAGCAGGCCUAACUGUGGAAGACAAAUCAUGGAAUCUCGUGAUUACCAAAGUGAAUGACUCUGACUUAGGGCUGUACCACUGUCUGGUUCGAAGGGCCAAAGCUUUCAUUGCUGAAAAGAGCAUCAGGUUGACAUUCACAGAGGCAGGAGGGGAGCUGCAGGGGUCUUCUGCUGUGUACUGGGGCCUGCUCGCCUGCGUAGGCCUCGCCUCAGCCUGUCUGGGGGCCCUCCUCACCUUCGGUAUUAGUCAUCGCCUAGUGCUGGUAAAAUCAGCAACACCCAACACGGGCAAUUCUACAAAUAAUGAUCUGAAGGAUGUUGGUGUGCAUUAUGCCAGCGUGAAAUGCCAAGGCAUCAAAGGUUGGCAUCAGCCACACCGCCAGCCAGAUGUGACCUAUGCCACUGUGGCCCGUCACGGCCAUGCCAAGGGUAAUGCCACAGCUUGUUAACCCAUUUCAGCCUAAGGCACCUUGCAAAAACGCCUGCUGAAUGCUUAAGCCCUUUUUUGGGACAAGGUGCCCUCAGCCUAUAAAAACCAAAAUAUCUCUGCCUCCGAAGCACAUAGACGCAUGACAUAAAUUGCAUUUAAAAGCUAGGACCUUCCUCUUGCAUUAGAAUGUAUACAUUCAGCUCUUACACUCCCCUAUUUAUAUUAAAACAACUUAAAUCUCAAGAGCCUGAAUGCAGCGCCCAUGCAGCUCCAGGCACCUACCGGUAGGUCAAUGCAGCGUAUACACAGCUUCAGGCUUCAAUGGGUUACAUGGAUCAUAACUGAGCACUGAGCACUGAGCCGGUUAAUUUGGUUAUGGCACAGCGUGUUGAAUGGAUCAUAACUGGAAAGGUUCAUUUUUGUGAUGACUGUAUAGAA